CUGUCCUCCGCCGCCAGUCCCCAGCCCCUGGGCAAAGCCCACCUGGUCCGUUGAGCAGACAAGAGCUUCUGGAAGCGGCAGAGCUCCCACCCCGCGCAGGGCCAUGGCCGAGCCCGGAGAGCAACUGCCAGAGGAGGUGCUGGUACUCAUCUUUCGCCACCUGCCCCUGCGGGACCGUGUUGCUGCCGCCAGGGUCUGCAGAGCCUGGGCUGUUGCUGCCGCGUGCAGCGUCGUGUGGCGCGACACGACCAUCAGUUGCGACUGUGAGCGAGAAGGCACGCUGCUACCAUAUCUGACUGCCAGCCUGGACCACGUUCACAACCUACGGCUGGAAUUUGAGCCGUCGAGGGAGCCGAGCCGCCGGGCGGCCACUGAGUUGCUGACCGCACUGGCGGGCCGCACCCCGGGGCUUCGAAGCCUGCGCCUGGAGUGCCGCGGAGAAAAGCCGCUCUUCGACGCAGGCCGCGACAUCCUGGACGCCGUGCACGCCGUCUGCCGGGCCGCCUGCGCGCUGCGCCACCUCGACCUUCGGCGCUUGCCUUUUACACUGGACGACGCGCUGGUGCUGCAGGCGGCACGCGGCUGCCCCGAGCUCCGCAGCCUUUUCCUGGACAACUGUACGCUGGUGGGCAGCGUGAGGCCCGACUCCGUGCUCCAGCUACUAGAAGCCUGCCCGCGCCUGCGCGCCCUCGGCCUGCACCUAGCCAGCCUGUCGGGCACUGCCCUCCAGGUGCUGGCGGCGCCGGACCGCGCGCCUUUCGCUCUCCUGGCCCUACGGUGCGCGUGCCCCGAGGACGCACGCGCGCCACCCCUGCCCGAGGAAGCCUGGGCCGCGGUGCGCCGCCGCCACCCAGGACUGGCCGUGGAGCUGGAGCUGGAGCCAGCGCUGCCUGCAGAGAGCGUGACGCGCGUCCUGCAGCCUGCCGUGCCGGUGGCUGCGCUACGCCUCAGCCUCUCUGGGGACACGGUAGGCCCGGUGUGCUUUGCAGCGCGCCACUACGCCGCAACCUUGCGCGCGCUCGAGGUGCGCGCCGCUGCCUCAGCUGAGCUGGACGCCGCGCUGGAGUUGCUGGCGGCGCGCUGCGCGGGCCUGCGUGAGGUACACUGCUUCUGCGUGGUACGACCCUCUGUGCUGCACGCCUUCCGCACGCAGUGUCCGCGCCUGCGCAGCUACACGCUCAAACUAACGCGGGAGCCCCAUCCCUGGCUGCCCACGCCUGUGGCGUGACGGGGUAGUCGCCUCUCUGGCAGACAUGUGGCCUCUAAGAUGCUGGAUGCUUUUGCCCCGGCGUGCGCCAACGGCUAGCCCGCUCCUUCGGGACUCUGUUGCGUCUUGUGCCUCUGGAAGAU